AUGAACGAACAGUCCGAUUACAAAAGGGUAGGAAGAUGGCGGGCCUCCCUAAUCUACAUCACCAAUCAACUGAUAACCUAUACAGCAUAUGUCCUGUUGCAAUUCUUUUGCAGAUACCCAACUGUUUUGAACUGCGUCGACUCCUUCAAGAUUAUCGGCGGCACAUCUCUUGCUAUCAUCGUUGGCACAGCGUUCGUCCUCAACCCACCCUCACUUGUGUUGUGCAUGCCACGCAAGAUGACGUUCCUUGCUCAUUUUGUCAUUCCUUGCACGAUUUCCAUAUUCAAGGCGGUGCUUAUUGUCAUGAUCGCCCUUGGCGUCAGCGAGCCGGCCCGCGCACCACCUACUUGGGAUUGCGAAAUCGUCUUCUGGGGUAACCCCACGUUUGCUCAAGGCUUCACUUCCGUUCCGAAUAUCGCAUUCGCCUAUGCCGGCAGCCAGGCUUUCGUCACUGUCAUGGCUGAGAUGCGAGAUCCUUCGAAGGACAUCAUGCUCUCGAUGUACAUCCUUCAGAUCUUUGCCAUUCCAAUGUACAGCAUCGUUGGUGCUGUCAUUUGUGGUCUCACUGGACAGUAUGUGGACAGCCCUGCGCUCGGGACGGCACCUCCCGUUCCAGCUAAGGUCGCAUAUGGCAUCCUCCUCCCGACGCUAGUGGGAACAUCACUCGUCUUCGGUCAUACAUCCAUCAAAUACAUCUUCGCGGAGGUCAUCAGUGUUUUGAAAAUCAAGCACAAGUACGACAAGAAUACCAAGCGCACAUGGAUCAUUUGGAUUAGUAUUGGCACCGUUUUCUGGGUCCUUGCUUUCAACCUCGCCAACGCGAUCCCGCUCUUCGAAUUCAUCUUGUCGAUAUCGUCUGCGAUCUUCGUCUCAUGGUUCACUUCGACUAUUGUAUUGUUGACAUUGUUCAUGAACUGCGCGGGACUCUGGGUAUAUAUUGACCAGCUCAUCGCGGCUUUCAAUGACCCUGCAUCCCCGGUCAAUGGCCCUUUAACCUGUGCCGACAAUAGUGUGCGGAGAUAA